GAAGAUACAUACAAUAUGUCGUAAAAGUGAUAGAUUGACAAUUAGAGAAAGAAUAUUUAAAUGCUUACGGGACAUUGGAUAGGAUUUGCCUUCUGCUAGCUUUUUGGCAUGUGGGCACUACUAUUUUAGAUUGGCCGUUUUUCCUUCACAACUUCACUCACACUAGAGACGAAAGAUGGCAGGAGGGGUAGUUUUAGUCUCGUCGAGUAUUGUUCGACCCGUAAGCAGCAGCCAAUUGGAUCGAACUAAGAUCCAUCUUACUCCAUUUGAUCUAAGUCUUCUUCAAUUCGAUUAUCCUCAAAGAGGUCUUCUCUUCUCCAAACCCGACUCAGAUUUCCAUCUCAUUUCUCGACUAAAGGCCUCUCUCGCUCUUGCCUUAGAGAUUUACUUCCCUUUCGCGGGUACUCUCGUCAGAACAGAGAAUCUUGAAGACGACACGGUGUCGUUUUUCAUAGACUGCGAUGGCUCUGGCGCUAGAUUUCUCCACGCCGAAGCUAAAUCUGUCUCCGUGAGUGAUUUUCUCCAUCCUGAUGGUUCUGUUCCCGAUUUCAUGAAGUACUUCUUUCCCGCCGAUGAUUUCAAGAGCUGUGAUGGUGUCUCGGUGCCCUUGCUUGUUAUACAAGUUACCGAGAUGAAGGACGGAGUCUUCAUCAGUUUCUGUUACAACCAUAUGGUGGCAGACGGUGUUUCGAUGUGGAGUUUCUUCCACACUUGGUCCAAGAUUUGCUCAAGUGGUUCAGGUUUUAACCACAAGCCUCUUGUUCUCAAAGGAUGGUUCCUCGAGGAGAUCGAUUACCCGAUCCAUAUUCCGGUUUCGGAGACAGAGAGGUCACCACCAAACCGUGAACUUUCUUCGGUGCCCAUUACGAAAGAAUGGAUUUUUCACUUCUCAAAGAAGAAUAUUAAAGAUCUCAAAGCUAAAGCCAACAGCGAGAUUGCCUCCAGUGACAUGGAAGUUUCAUCUCUUCAAGCGGUUUCAGCACAUAUGUGGCGAUCAAUCAUCAGGCACAGUGGUGUGAGCCGAGAACGAGAGACACAUUGCAAACUAGUGGUGGACUUGAGGCAGAGGGUAAAGCCUCCACUUGAGAAAGAUUGUUUUGGGAAUAUGGUCUAUCUUGCAUCAGCCAUAACCACCGCGGAAGAGCUCUUAGAUCGCGGCUUGGGUGAGGCUGCUUUGCAAAUAAGAAAAUUAGUGAGCUCGCAAACGAAUGAUACUUGUAAAAGUUUUGCAGAGGAUUGGGUUAGAAAUGUUAAGAACCUAAAAUCAGGUAUUGGUAGUAAAGUAGGUGAUACUAUAGUUGUCGCAAGCUCUCCACGGUUCGAAUUGUACAACAAAGAUUUCGGUUGGGGCAAACCUAUUGCAAUUCGAGCUGGACCGUCCAAUAGUAUCAGUGGCAAACUUUCACUUUUUCAGGGAAUCAAUGAAGGAAGUAUUGAUAUUCAAGCAACCCUAUGGGAUGAUGUAAUAGUGAAACUACUAGCCGAUGUGGAAUUUUUAGAGCAUGUAACUAUUGCAUGAUUGAUUCAGUUGGAAAAUAAAACUGAUAACAGGGACAUUGUCUUUGGUUUCUUCUAGUGUCUAUCUCUUUUGUUUUUGAAA